AUGCCGCGCCAGCAGAUCGUCCUGAUUUGUGGGUAUUGUGGUAUCGUCAGUAUUGCAGAUUGGUCUUCCAAGGGCCAGUCCCUGGACGUUUCCGAUCGCAACUGGCCAACCCAUGAAGACUCUGGGGAUGCGCCCAGUACCCCUGCACGUGGCUCAAGUUUGAACCUGCAAUCGCUGCAAGUAUCAGAAACCAGCACCAAACCCGGCACUCGGCCGUGUGGAGCGGAUCCAACCGAUGGAAGACCUCGUCCAGAUCCACUAGGCAAUGCGCUGGAUGCUUCGGCUUCAGACUGGACCACCUCUGGAGUGUACGAUGCCGCCUGUGCUCAAUCUACCAAGGAGAAAGGAGAGGCCACAGUUCCUUUUGCGCCAACGCUUGCCGCAAGUGCUCGGGUCACAAGCUGCGAGGCAUCUCUUGGUUUGGCCACGUGCAGAGAGCCGGUAUGCAAUGCAUCAUGGCCGUGCGCGUACUAUGCGGCAGUGGCCACACCAAAGCCGAACUGGGCGCCACCUAUUACAAGCUCAUCCGAAUAUGAUCGGAACAGAGAGGGCUUGGCCGCCCAGCAGAAAGCGAAGAAGCAAAUGUUUAGCGUCAGCGCGCAGGACAUCAACACUGGCGGUAGCGUCCAGAACACAUUCGAAGCGGACAGGUUUCGCAGCACCGAAGCUGCGAGCAACUCUCAAUGCCGAUCAGCUGUUACAGCAUCAGCACAGAGUUGCCGGCCUGGUACCAGCUUUCAAUGGUACGCUCCGGACUGGUAUCCAGCACUGUCUAACCGAGAUGUUGCUGAAUUUGGUGUUGGGAAGGAGACGAACAAUGCCCGCGAGCCCGACCUGCACCGGGUCUUGCGGGAGAGCCCAGAGGAAUACCCCAUCUCCGAAAUCUUGGACAUCUUCGGUGCAGCCUCGCAGCUGACUGGCGCCUGCCAAUUGAAAGGCUGA